AUGUUCGCCAGGUUUUCCACCGCCGCCGUCCUGGCUCUUGCCAGCACCGUCGUUGCCCAGACCUCGACUGAGUGUAACCCCCUCAAGGAGGACUGCCCUGCCGACCCUGCCUUCGGCAAGAAUGGCAUGAACUGCGACUUCACCAAGGGCGAGUGCGACGGCUUCCAGUCCAUUGGCACCAAGAUUACCUAUGACGGCAAUGGCGCCAGCUUCCCUAUGAGCGCCAAGGGUGACGCUCCCACCCUCCGCUCUGACAACUACAUCUUCUUCGGCCACGUCGAGAUACAGCUCCAGGCCGCUGAGGGCAAGGGCAUCAUCACCUCGCUUGUCCUUCUCUCCGACGAUCUCGAUGAGAUUGACUUCGAGACCGUCGGUGCCGACAACAAGCAGAUCCAGUCCAACUACUUCAGCAAGGGCGACACCACCACCUACGACCGUGGUGGCUUCCACGCUGUUGAUAGCCCCCUGACCAAGACUCACACUUACGCUUUCGACUGGACCGCCGAGAAGGUCGAGUGGUUCAUCGACGGCAAGUCCGUCCGUACCCUCAAGGCCUCUGACGUCGGCGAGAAGUUCCCUCAGUCUCCCAUGCAGGUCAAGGUUGGCGCCUGGGUUGCCGGCUACGACGGCAACGCCAAAGGUACCAUCGAGUGGGCUGGCGGUGUUGCUGACUUCUCCAACGGCCCCGCUGUCGCCAUCUACAAGAGCGUCAAGGUCACCGACUACGCCGGCGGUUCCUCUGCCACCGACAAGAAUGUCAAGGAGUACGUCUACGGCGACAAGACCGGCUCCGCCAAGUCCAUCCAGGUCAAGCUCUCUGACGGCAGCUCCGGCUCUUCCUCUUCCGCCUCCAAGAGCGGCAGCACCACCGCUACCAGCUCUGCCUCGUCCAGCUCUGCCUCGGCCUCGGCCUCGUCGUCGUCCUCGGCUGCCACCACCAUGACCAGCGCUACCUCGUCCGCUGCCAACUCGACCAGCCACUCCAGCACCAGCCACUCCGGCGCUACCGCCACCGGGUCCAGCACCCCUACUGCCGUCCCUAACGCGGCUCCCAAGGCUGGCCUCGCCCUUGGCGCCAUUGCUUUCGGUGCCCUCGCCGCCCUUGCUCUGUAA